AAAUACGAAUCUUAAACUUAAGUGAUUCAAAAUAAUAUGAAAUAAUUGAGACCCAGAGUUAUCAGACAACUGUUUCAAUAUUUUUCAAAAUAUUUCAAAAGCUAUGCAUAGACUCCGUGAAACUUUCCGGAGAAGACAGCCUACUCUCGAACAACAGGCACAACAUCACCACCAACUGGUCAUUGAAAGACAACAACAACAUCAACAACAAACACUCUAUAAUGAGUACAAUCAACGACAAAAUGAUACUCAAGAGCUCAAUCAGACACCACAACACCAUCGACAGCAACAACAACUUCAACAUACGAUUGUACUUAAAUUAAGAGAUGUAAAGAAUCCAAACGAAUCGGUAGAUAACGAGGAUGAGCUGUCGAUACAACAAAUCACAUUAAAUGUGCCUCAAGUGGGACAACACAGCAAACAAAUGAGAAGUGUUUCUUUCGAUGAGAUCCGACUCAAGGAGUCUGUAAACAGUUCAGACAUUGACACCGACAGCAAUAAGUUGAAUGUUCCCGAGUCUGGCACACGAAGUGUUAGGUCACGAUCUUUUGAUUCGGCCACUGCUCGUACCAUAAAUGAUAGUUUACCAUCAAGUCAUACACUAGAUGUUCCCAAAUGGAAAUUAUUAAUUAGAAGAUCAUCUUCUGGUUCAUCAAGUGGUGGUUCAGGUGCGGGCUCUUCAUCUCCUUUUACGGGUUUUAAGGACUGUCAUCAUUGCUCUCUUAUGGAAGAAUAUUUAAAAGCUAUAUCAUCUCCUCCUCCAUCCAAAUCCGGUUCAAUUAGCUCUGAGGGUUCAUCUGUUUAUGGCGAUGAUAGUGAAGAUAUAUCGGAUACCGAUAGAAACGGUUUGACGUCUUGUCAGAACACGAGUUAUGAUUUGGAUGAGUUAGGAGAGUGUGAAACCAUUGAACCAUUAGAAGGAUUACCUAUUGUUACGUUAUGUCCGCCGCCAGACAUAACAGAAAUUCAUAUUCACGAAGAAGAGGAAGACACUGGAAGUGGCAUAACUGUAGUGUCAUUAGAGGUACCCGUAUUGACCGGUUCUCGAGAGCAUAGAUCUGCUUCUGUAGACUCGCCAUAUCUGCUACAAGUGCCCAAAAGGAAUGACAUAGAAGUUCUUGAAACUGGACCUAAAGCCCAUCGAUCGCGUUCAGUGGACAUAGUAUUGCCGACAAACCCGGGCGGACCUUAUCUUAUAAUACCACCUCACAGACACUCUCCCAUCACUACUAAGAAGGCUAUUCAGGGAGAGAUCAAGAUAUCGACCGAAAGUGGAGAGACCCGCACUUUACGGAGUGCUCCCGAUUGGGGCGAAUCGGCUAUUAAUGCCGACCAUCUUUGGGUGUCCACCAAUGCCUCGGGAGAUAUCUGUUAUGUCGGAGAAAACGAGUGUUCGAAACAAGGUCCUCGACUAUGUUGUCCGGCCUGUAAGAUAACGGCCCACACCGGAUGUAUAAGCAUUUUGAUCGAUAAAAUGAAAUUUCAUUGUAAACCCACUUUCAAAGAUGUCGGGGUCAGACAGUAUAGAGAACAAACUGUGAUACAUCACCAUUGGGUGCAUAGACGACAUCAAAAGGGAAGAUGCAAACAGUGCGGCAAAUCGUUUCAAUCAAAACUUUCAUUUGGCAACAAAGAGAUUGUGGCCAUUUCUUGCUCGUGGUGUAAAACGGCGUUUCAUAAUAAAGAAAAUUGUUUUAAUAUGCAAAGGAUUGGCGAGAAUUGUCCCCUCGGUAUUAAUCAAGACCUCUUAGUCCCCCCCUCUUGGAUCGUCAAACUUCCCCGAAGGGGAUCUUUCAAGUCAUCGAUAAGACGAUCACCAAAAACGAAGAGAGCUUCUUCCAAGAAACGGACAAAAAAGGAUGAGUCGACGCCUCCUAAUGUUACCGUUGAUAAUAGUUUGCACCACAGUCUUCACGCACUUUAUGGUACAUCUGUACCGCCAAACAAAGAGAUGGUUGGCCAGCACAGGAGUUUUGCCAUUAAGCCAAUCCCCUCAUCGACAUCUAAGCCAUUACUAGUGUUUAUAAAUCCUAAAAGCGGUGGAAAUCAAGGCUCAAAAUUAAUGCAAAAGUUUCAAUGGCUUCUAAAUCCUCGUCAAGUGUUUGAUCUCUCACAGGGCGGUCCUAAGUUAGGCUUAGAGUUAUAUAAAAAGGUAAAUAAUUUACGGAUUCUUGCCUGUGGUGGUGACGGAACAGCCGGUUGGGUGCUAUCAGUGUUGGAUGAAAUAGCUAUAUACCCACCUCCACCACUUUCGGUACUACCAUUAGGUACGGGUAAUGAUUUAGCCCGUGCUUUGGGUUGGGGCGGCAGUUAUACUGAUGAGCCGAUCUCGAAAAUACUUCAAAACAUUAAAGAUGGAGAAGUGAUACAAUUGGACCGUUGGAAUCUUAAAGUUGAACGAAAUACAAGUAUAUCUCCCACUGAACUGAACCCUAAAGAAGAUGAGGGCGCCAAACAUGAACUUCCACUAAAUGUGGUCAACAAUUACUUCUCCAUUGGAGUGGACGCACACAUAGCCUUAUCAUUUCAUGAGGCACGGGAGGCACAUCCCGAACGAUUCAAUUCUAGACUGAGAAAUAAAAUGUUUUACGGACAGAUGGGUGGCAAAGAUCUAUUACAACGCAAAUGGAAAGAUCUCUGCAAUUAUAUUACAUUACAGUGCGAUGGAGUCGACCUAACCUCUCGUCUCAAAGAACUUAAAGUGCAUUCCGUCUUAUUUCUCAAUAUUUCGAGUUACGGGGGUGGGACCAGACCCUGGGGCUCUAGUUCACCAUCAUAUGAAACUCCCCGGACUGACGAUGGACUCAUUGAAGUUAUUGGUUUAACUACAUAUCAAUUGCCUCUAUUGCAAGCUGGAGGACACGGCACGUGUAUUGCUCAGUGUAGAAGUGCUAAAAUAAUAACCACACGUACUAUUCCUAUGCAAGUGGAUGGUGAACCCUGUCGUCUCCUACCAUCGAUUAUAACCUUACAAUUGAGAAAUCAAGCAAAUUUGAUCGCCAAACCAAACCGCCACAAUCCUAUCAAAUAUGUUCCUACACUUGAGAAGUUAACAAUAAAAGUGCGAAAAUUGAAUUUAAAUGACUACGAGACCUAUCAUUACAAUAAAGAUAAACUUAAGGAAAUAUCACUUCUAUUGGGAACGUUGUGUAUCGAUCAGAACCUGGAGUUAGUUAAUGUUAGGACUAAAAUCAAUGAAUUAAUGCGAGAUAAGGACUAUAGUGUUAUGCAGUCCGGUACUGAUAAUACCAGUGUCACCACAAAGUUUGUAUCGCAUGACUGGUGUUUCGUUGACUCCUGUACAGCUGAGCGCUUCUUUCGCAUAGACAGAGCUCAAGAACACUUGCAUUUUGUUGUCGACAUCUGUAACGAUGAUCUUUUCAUUCUUGAUCCGGAAAGUCCUCCCGAAGAUAAAGACGAUAUUGAUUUCUUUGGUACCAAUCCUGAACUUAUAACACAUCGUCUUAUAAAUACACCAAAUCUGUCAUCUAGUGAUGAUAGUCUUGUAGGAAGUUCAUCAACUUAUGACAACCGGUUCUCAAAUAAAUUCACUCCUAUUAGUAUUCCUCAAGAUUUCUCUCAAGACGAGGUCUUACAUGCGGCCAAAUUAGGUGACCUAUCAUUACUCAAACAAUUACAUCACAAAGGGAUCAGUCUUUUGGCAAUUGAUAACAAAGGAAAGUCAGCACUACAUCACGCCUCACAUUAUGGUUACGAUAAUAUCGUGAGAUUCCUAUUGUCUGCCGCAACGCCAGAUCUGAUUGAUUUGAUUGAAUCGGAAAGAGGACAGACAGCUCUGCAUACGGCUGCUGCACACCGACAGCACACCAUCUGUACAAUGCUUGCCUCUUAUGGCGCAUCCCUUUUCAUACUUGACAAACAAGGACUGACACCAAAACAAUUAGCGGCCAAAGCAGGUGAUGACCGUCUGGCGGCAGUUCUCGAGCAUUUCGAAAAAUAUAACAACUCUAUGAAAGACAGAGAAACUCAAGUAUAGGAAUGUAUUGAUAAUACUAUAGGACUGGCAAAUAGAUAACGAUGUGAUAGAAACACUCGACACUCAAUCGACUAUUGACUAUUGACUACUCGUUUUUGUGCCUCUAAUACAAUAUAUACACAUUUAUAUUAUUCAUAUCUAAGUCAUUCAUUAAUCAGUCAAUCAUACAAUCAAUCAAAAUAAUUAUUUUUUAUUUACAAUUUCAUUAUUUUAUUUAUUUU